AUGCCGUUGUAUUCAGAAUUGUAUCACAACUUUGUCGGCAAUACCCCCGUCAUACCGACGCCGAUAGUUGCGGUUGGGUCGUCUACGUACAGCCCACCUACCUACGUAGGUGUGUCGCGGGCAUUUCCGAAUCCCCUCUCAACCAGCUCGCGAACUGCGCCCUCCUUCACCCGGGGCUAUGUGCCCAAGCUAACACCGAUCACCGAAACUCCGCUAACCAGCACCCGUAUAGCAGCGCUCGGGCGUGUCAGUUCACCAAAGUUUCUGGCCGGUCAUCACCACCACCAUGGCCACAGCUCGCCAACAUACCAGAAACCUCGGCGAACGAUCAACACGGCGGACAUCGAUGUGUCGGCAUCGAAGUACGCCGGUAGUACACGCACUCCAUUAUCCACCUAUCGCACCUCAGCCAUCCUGGAGACAACCACAUCCGCAACUAAUUAUUCCGGUGCUUCCGGUAGCUCUCCCGAGACAUCAUCGUUAGCGACAAUUGGCACCUCGUCCAUCAACCUGUCUGAUGUCGAUCGUUCCGUUGGAACAAUGUCCAGCGUAGCUCCGCUGUCAACACGCGAUCAAGAACUCAACGAACGCAGUGAACAACGGCGCACUCGCUCCACAAUCAACCGCAAUCGCACGGUGGUGCGAUUGAAUACCAUCCGGGCGCGUAGUAAAUCUCGGGGAAGCCGAGGCAGCACCGAAGGUCGGGACCGUCUGACCCUGCCCGAUGUAGGUACCGAGCCCACGUUCGACGAAGAGAUGCUACUGCUGGAACCACCGGUGGCACGGGCGGGUGUCGUCACCUCCUGGCGCGAUAACUUUCGCGAUGAGUUAUCGUUGCGGCCACGCACCCGGACCGAACCGAGCAAAUCGCCCGGAGAGCUGCUGCUCGAGAAGCAUCUCAUCAGGGACGGGGAGCCUGCGGUAGGUCCGACAGACACCGCCUAUCCACCGACACGUUCCCCAGUGCCGAAGCGUCGUGGUACGAUCCGACGCAAAAGCGCGGUCAAGAUACCUAGCUUUCAUGAGAUUUGUGCCGACAUUAGCUCGGACAAGCUGGACGAUGAUCUGAACGCGGGUGAACUGCGCCGCCGGGCGUCUCAGCUGAUCGAGGACGAGCUGCUUCAGUUUCAAGAAGAGCUCAAAAAAGCAGCAUCUGGCACUACCAACCUCGCACCUGACAUACUCGAGGAGCGGCUCAAAGAGGCACUGGAGCAGCAAAACGCACAAGACUCCGGUGUCGAGGUGGCCGAAAAGCGCAAGUUGAAGAAAAUCAAGCGCACCCGCACCAAGGUGUUGCCAGUGCCGCCUCCCGAACCGGAGGAGGAGAUGAAGCUGUUAACCGAACCCGUGGUGGUGGUAGAGAAUGCUGCGCCACCGCGGAUUGUGGCAGAGCUGGAAUCGAUUGAAGAGUGCACGGUGUACAAACUGCCCAAGAAGAAGAAAAAACAACCAGAGGAAAACGGCGCGAAGAAAAUCGUAACCCCGGGUGGGUUGCGAAAAGAAGCGACGGAACAGGGUCGCACCGAACCCACGCUGCAGAAGGUACAGCUGGUCAUAGUGGACCAACCCAAACCGUACCAGGCUGAUUUGACAAAUGGCAUGCAGGAAUCGCCGAAGCAGGCUUCGACAGAAACCGACACCAAAGCACUUGUCGUCGGGGCAGGUCCUUCCGACAUUCAGGGUGCAGUAGCAGCACCAUUAUUGAAACCAACCGCACAACUCGCCGAGCCACGCAAGACAGCCAAGACAGGUAUUAAGACGUACGUGCGUAAGAAAACGAUAGAGAGUUUAGCGGAACCAGUACUUGUUGAUUCUUCGAUGGGUGCUGAGAGUAUUACGCUUAAAGAAACUAUUGGUCCACUUGCAAAAGAGUCGUCAAACCAACCGGCUGUGAAGAAGAAUGAUUUAGAAAAGAGCAUAACGACAGAUCCAAACGCAUCAGUUAAAUCAAAAGAAUCGAAGGAACACAUCAAGACUCCGAUGAAUGAUGUGAAAGGUGUGGCACGUAAUGAGGCAAUAAAAUCGGUUGAUAUUAUUGAAGCAGUCAAACCCAACAUCGACGUCGUCGCGAAACCUGUAGUAAAUCAACCAAAGCAAGCGGAAACUCCGACAACAAUAACAAUUCCCAAUAAUAUUGCGAUCGCUGAACAAAAGGUUGGAAGGUUACAGGCAGGAGGAGAGCUCAAAGUCGACGAAGUCGCAAGGCCAACUACACCAAAUCAGGCCACAGAAUCAUUGACGGUGAAUAAAACGGCAGUCGAUGCAAAGCAAACAAAACUUUUUCAUGUCGAACAGGUAAAUUCGAUCAAAAAGGCUCAAGAAUCUGGGGUGGCAAAUGUGACAAAGAAACCAACGCUCCCAGCGCAAUCCACAGCAGCUUUAAACGAGCGCAAAGCUUUGAAUACUCCGCCGGUUUCGCCAACGAACAAAUCCCAAUCAAUCAAACCGAUGGCCGACGAACCGACGACGGUGAAAAUAGUUCCAAGCAAGCUGGCACUUCGCCAAAAACCUCUCGAUUUGAAACGGUCCUCCGAGGAAGUAGACUUUUGGAGUACUAUUGGCACGCGGGAGACGGUAUCAUUUGCACGGCGCAAGCAACAGCUGGUGACACUCCGAACAACGGAGGAAGAAGAAUCACCACCUGCCUCACCAAGCCAUCCACUGCAAGGCUCGCCAACUUCACCAACUCAACCCAAAACGUCAGAAGCUAACAUCAUGCGAACAUUAGAGCAAAGUAAACCACUCCCAGCUACUAAAGAGCUAGUAUCGGAACCAUCUAGUAGUACAAAGUCUAAUGAUGUUGCUCCAAGCGGUUCCAAAGUGACUAACACUCCUAAAAGCCCUGUGAAGACCAAACAAACAGGCGAAUGUUCGGAGGUUUUAAAGCCUCCCGGGAAUGUGGAAACAACUCAUCAGGAACAGUCUAAUGUAGGUAAAGUUGUAGGAGGAGUAGAAGCGCAGAAGAGUAAACCCAUUAUACCGGAACCGGAUGUAUCAAAGGUAAAACUCAGCACUCUCCCGGAUGAUUCGUUAGCAAUUGUCAAACAAUCCAACAUUUCUGAAACCACUGCAUUAACCGUGAAGAUAGCUCAACCACCAUCUACGCCAACUCCUGAUUCUAAGGUACCGAAAGUUACUCCAGAAAAUGCAACAGCAAACUCGAAAGGAAGUUCUUCUAUAGCGACGACACCCGUUACGAAACUCAUUACUCACCCAGAACCAUCCCUGAUAAAAGACAAGACCUCCACAACUCAGAAUACAGCAACUCCAAAACCGAUCGGUUCCAAACCAACAAUUCUAGAAGAAACGUCGACGAAAGCAAAACAAUCCACGGCGCUGCUGGAGGUUUCUGCUCCGAAGGCAACAACUCCCACUCUUACAGUGAAAGUGGCGCCAACAGCAAACGACGUCAAAGUAUCUCGGGUGCAGGAUACCAUCGCCAUCGCUACGCUCGAUACGAAAAAGCUAUCACCGAAGGAGCUGAUUAAAGCCAUUGCGCCCAACAUUGCGGCCGCUGCCGAAAAGAAGAUAGCGCAGGAGAAGAUAAAACCGGCGGAAGCGAAACAAAUCCCCGCAACUGUUGCCAACUCCUCUGCAGGUAGUACGGCUGCCGCCGCCGUUCCAAAGGUGAUCGUGGAUGGCAACAAACCCGAUGAGGAGCUGAAGAAGAAAGUGAUCGUGAAGAAGGUAGUAAAAGUGGUAAAACCAAAAGUUGUCUCCACCACCAACACCACCACCACCAAGGCAAAGUCUGAAACGGAAAUGGAUGCUCAGCGCGAGCAGGAACAGGAACAGCACCGAUUAGCACAACAGCAGCAGCAGCAGCAAAAUCUCGAGCGCAUGAAGACGAAGCUGAACCAAAUCACGCUUAACAUGGGUGUGAAGGGUACCGAGGUGGAGGUAAAGGAGUGCCAAAAAUGUCAAUCGGCGAUAGUUUCCGAGGCGCUUCCGGUACCGGUAGCCAUCGUGACGACGACGACGACGAUGGGGCCUGCGACACCGAAGGCACCGAAGCAGCCGAUCACCAACGGGGCGAAGCUGACGAAGAAUAAAUUCGGUACGCUAGACAACCUGAGCGACUUAUCAUCUGUGAACGUUCGCUAUCGAAACAUCACGGGCGUGGUGAGUGAGAAUUCGUCAGUGGUGAAAGCGAAACAGAAGCAAACGGUUGCGGCCGGUACAGAGCUACAGAAGGUGUUCCAAUCGAGCAGUGAAGAGGACGGUAAGGAAGAGCAAAGUGCAACCGCACCGCGUGUUGAUAACGAUAGUGCAUCGGAGACAUCGUUCUCGGGCGUAGAAGACGACUGGUCAUCGGAGGAGGAAGACGACGACGACGAUAUGGCGAACGAUAAGCCCGAAAAGAAGAAACCGUUCGAUCCGACCAAGCGCGUCAAGCUGAACUUCGAUCAGAUGCGGAAGUGUUAUUCCAAGGAGGAAAAGUGUCCGAUCGUGCUGGUGGCCCGGCCGCGCCCACUCUGGAAGGUGAAGCGGCACGGCCAUCGGCACAACCGGAAGGCGGACCUGACCAGCAGCAGCGGCAGCAGCAGCAGCAGUGACGACGAGAGCACCAGCACCUCCACCACGACGAGCAGUGGGGCUACGACCAGCACCAACACCACCGAUCACACCUCCUCCGAGGCGGUCUCCAUGAUGGACGGUGCCACCUCGGAUAUCAACACCGAUAGCAGCGUCAACUCGAGCACCGGUGGCAAGCAGAAGGGCCAGAAGGGCAAAGCGAAGGGCCAGAAGGGAAAGCCGGAUCCGUUCAGUGACAUAUACGACAACCCGAUGGUGAUUCCGCUGCAUGCAGAGCCGCGCACGAGCAGCCGGAAGAGUGGCGGCUCGUUUGUGGCGCCGCUCCGGGAUGAGAACAACAACACCCCGGCCGACCUGGACGAGGACGAACGGGCACGCUCGAUCGGGGGCGGGCAGGAGGUGCGCAGUGCCAGCACCAGCAGUCAUGAUUCCGGCUUCUACGGUGGUGGUACAGCGCCGAUCAGUCCGAAGAAGGCACUCGAAACGUCCUACACCUAUGCACAGUUCCAGAAGACGGGCAAGCUCACGGCACCUGCGACCGUGAUACCUCGGUUCCGGAAGUACAACGUUGAUGAUUUCCACUUUCUCACCGUGUUGGGCAAGGGCAGCUUUGGCAAGGUUUUUCUGGCCGAGCUGAAAAAUUCCGACUACUACUACGCGAUCAAGUGCUUGAAGAAGGACGUCGUGCUGGAGGAUGACGAUGUGGACUGCACGCUGAUCGAGCGGAAGGUGUUGGCCCUCGGUACCAAGCAUCCCUUCCUGUGCCAUCUUUUCUGCACCUUUCAAACGGACAGUCAUCUGUUCUUCGUGAUGGAGUACCUGAACGGGGGCGAUCUGAUGUUCCACAUCCAACAAAGCGGUCGCUUUCCAGAGGCUCGUGCCCGCUUUUACGCUGCCGAGAUUGUGUCGGGGCUCAAAUUUCUACACCGAAAGGGUAUCGUUUAUCGUGAUUUGAAGCUGGACAAUGUGCUGCUCGAUUACGAUGGGCACGUUCGGAUAGCGGAUUUUGGUAUGUGCAAACUAGAGAUCUACCUGGACAAGCUUGCAGACAGUUUCUGUGGCACACCGGAUUACAUGGCGCCCGAAAUAAUCAAAGGGCAAAAAUACAAUCAAGCCGUCGACUGGUGGUCGUUCGGUGUGCUGGUGUACGAGAUGCUCGUCGGCCAGUCGCCCUUCAGCGGUUGUGACGAGGACGAGCUGUUUUGGUCCAUCUGCAAUGAGAUACCCUGGUUUCCACAUUAUCUCUCCAAGGAAGCGCUACGGUUGUUACAGUCGCUUCUCGAAAAGGAUGCCUCGAUACGGCUCGGUGUGCUCAACACGAUGGAUGAGGAGAGCGACAUCAAGUACCACCCCUUCUUCAAUAGUAUUAUCUGGGACAAAUUGGAGAGACGAGCCGUCGAACCACCCUUCAAGCCCCAAGUCCGACAUCCACUCGACACUCAGUAUUUUGACAAGCAGUUCACUCGUGAACGAGCGCGACUGACGCCCAUUGAUCGGAACAUCCUUGCUUCGAUGGACCAGGCCCAGUUCGAGGGAUUCACCUACACCAACCCCAACAACACACUGACCAAAAUACGCGAGAAGCAGAAGAAAAAACAAAAGAAAAUGUAUUUCUGUCCCCAGUGCGGUGAUAUUAAAGUGACGUACAAUAUCUUCUAAAAAUUUUGCUACCGGGUGUGAUAACUUUCCCGUUUUGGAUGGCGUGGUACACGCGGGGGUACAUGUAGCUAGCAGGUGGGAGAAACCCCCCGACAAAACCGCCCAUGAUCGCUUGCAAAAUUGAUCAGCUGCGAAGUGCGACGAGGGGAAUGGUCCCCACAAAAGAGCCAACAACAGCAAGAGCAAGAGCUGACAAAACGCAUUAACACCGUAACGUAAAUGCUGGCAUUAUUCAGUGCAGAAGCAAAGGGAGACACACUAGGGGUGCAGCUCGGACAAUUUCGAUUCGACGAUUGGUGCGCACAAGACCAGAACGGCUUCGGGCUUGUGAAGGUUUCGCAUUGGCUAAAGAGUGCCGCGAAUAAGCGCAAAAGCAAAAUCCCCCCCUCGACUUUUGUAAUCAACAAUGUAGGAAUUAUUUGACCAACCCCUGCAUCCCGCAACCCUAUUAGAGCACCCGACACCAAUAGCUAGAAAGAGGGCAUGAUGUGAAGACCGUUUGGAAUGGCACCCCUAAAGUAAGAAAAAGCAAACACAACACUGCGACCAAAAUUGAUUAUGUAAAAC